UCGAUAAUAUUUUAAUAAAAUAUUACAUACAUAUUUUUCAUGCCGAGCAAGUCAUUGAGAGGGAAUAAACUUAGAUAUUAACUGUGUAUGCUAAAACAAGGUGGAGUUGGAGCUAAUUGAAAUAUUGAAGGACGAGUUAUAAUUGUAUAGUAUAUAGCAGAAAAAAUAUAAACAUGGUGAGCGACCGGUGAAGUGUAAUGCCCGUGUAUUGACAUUGGAGUUCCCUGAAUUUUACUCGUUAAAUUAAUUAUUAUUUUAUGAAUGAGAUAUGGCUCAUCAAUUGUUAUUCUCAACUACCAAGUUGGAAAGAUUGUUGUUUGGUCGAUUUGAUUAUUUUCAGUCAUGGAGAAAAGUAUCAUUAAUAAAAAAUUGUUACAAAAUGACAACAUUUGAACUAGUUCACCAAUAUUUCAAAGCUCCCAAGGGUUUCGAAAAAUUUUUCAAACAUCCCAACAACUUAAAAAAAGUUUCAAAGGAAAAUCCUAAAGAAGUUUUAAAAGAAACUUCCAAAGAAGCUAAACCUUCAAUUAAUAGUACUAAUAACACACAAAACGAGGGAUCUAAGAAUAAAAAAUUUUCAUCAAAUGAUAAAAAAGAUUUUGUUUUUAAUUUUGUUUCGGGAAAAAAAAUCAAGAAUGAAGGGCCUUCUAAAGAAAUAAUGAACUCAAUAUAUUUGGCAAUAUUUGGAAUGGUUACUUUAUUUGGAGUUAAAUUAUUUUUAGACAAUGGAAAAGCAGUUACAUGGAGAGAAUUUGUUUAUAGUUACUUAAAUAAAGGAUUAGUACUAAAAUUGGAAGUAGUUAAUAAAAAAUGGGUACGGGUUCGAUUAAUUCCAGGUGCAACUAUAGAGGGUAAAUUAUGGUUUAAUAUCGGUAGUUCUGAUACAUUUGAAAGAAAUUUAGAAAAUAUUCAACUUGAAUUAAAUAUAGAUCCACAAAAUUAUAUACCAGUUGUUUAUAAAAAUGAAAUAGAAGUUUCACAAGUGAUCUCUUAUCUUCCAACUAUUCUUACUAUAGCUUUUAUAAUUUAUAUAUCUCGGAAUACUGCUAAUAUGAUCAGUGGUAAAGGAGGUCCCAGUAAAGGAAUUUUUGGACAAGUAACAUCAUCAACUGCUAAAUUAAUAAAUCCCAAAGAAAUACAUGUUAGAUUCAAGGAUGUUGCUGGAUGUGAAGAAGCAAAGAUUGAGAUUAUGGAAUUUGUAAACUUCCUAAAAAAUCCAGAGCAGUAUAUUAAUCUUGGGGCCAAGAUUCCUAAGGGUGCAAUUUUAACAGGCCCUCCUGGUACUGGUAAGACAUUACUUGCUAAAGCAACAGCAGGUGAAGCAAGCGUAUCUUUUUUAACAGUGUCUGGUUCAGAAUUUCUGGAAAUGUUUGUUGGAGUUGGACCAUCACGUGUAAGAGAUAUGUUUGCUAUGGCACGUAAAGCUUCACCUUGUAUUUUAUUCAUUGAUGAAAUUGAUGCUGUUGGUAGAAAAAGAGGUGGAAAGCAAUUUAGUUCUCACUCUGAACAAGAAAAUACAUUGAAUCAACUCUUGGUAGAAAUGGAUGGCUUUAAUACAACAACAAAUGUAGUUGUUAUGGCUGCAACAAAUAGAAUUGAUAUACUAGAUAAAGCUCUUUUACGACCAGGCAGAUUUGAUAGGCAAAUAUAUGUACCAGCACCAGAUAUUAAAGGAAGGGCUUCUAUUUUUAAAGUUCAUUUACAAUAUUUAAAAACCAAUUUAGAUAAAAUGAACUUGUCUAGAAAAAUGGCUGCUCUUACUCCUGGUUUCACAGGAGCAGAUAUUGCAAAUGCUUGUAACGAAGCAGCUUUAAUAGCUGCACGAGAUAAAAAUGAUAGUAUAAAUUUAAAACAUUUUGAACAAGCUAUUGAAAGAGUUAUAGCUGGUAUGGAAAAGAAAACAAAUGUUUUACAACCAGAAGAAAAGAAAACUGUUGCAUAUCAUGAAGCUGGACAUGCUGUAGCAGGAUGGUUUCUUCAACACGCAGAUCCAUUAUUAAAAAUUUCUAUAAUUCCUCGUGGAAAAGGUUUAGGAUAUGCUCAGUAUUUACCACGUGAACAGUUUUUGUACACAAAAGAGCAGUUAUUUGAUCGUAUGUGUAUGACUUUGGGUGGCAGAGUUUCUGAAGAAAUUUUCUUUGGUUGUAUAACAACAGGUGCACAAGACGAUUUACAAAAGGUUACACAGAGUGCAUAUGAUCAAGUUGUUCAUUAUGGAAUGAACGAAAAAGUUGGAUCAGUUAGUUUUCAAUUACCGCAAUCUGGCGACUUCUUGAUCGACAAGCCUUAUUCUGAAAGUACUGCUCAACUUAUUGAUGAAGAAGUUAGAAAUAUGAUUAAUAAUGCAUAUAAACAUACUACAACUUUAUUAACGAAGCACAAAGAUGAUGUAAAUAAGAUAGCCGAACAACUUUUAAAACAAGAAAUUUUAAGUCGAGAUGAUAUGAUAGAUCUACUUGGACCAAGACCAUUUCCUGAAAAAUCCUCUUAUGAAGAAUUUGUUGAAGGUACAGGAUCAUUUGAAGAAGAUACAACAUUGCCAGAAGGUCUAAAGGAAUGGAAUGAAUCCAAGAAAACUAGUGAUGAAAAAACUGAUAGUAAUUCCAUAAAGCAAACUGUUUAAUUAUGGGUUAUAUUAAUAUUUAUAUAUUUUCUUUUAUAAAUAGUACCAAUAAAUCUUUAUGAAAACUU